CUUGAGGAUCAAAAAGGCACACUCGGCAUCGGCGUUUCAGAAUACGACGAGUCACAUCACACACACUCAGCCGCGACCGCGCGCGGCGGCGUUUCGUUGACGCGUCCUAGGUGUGUGUAGCGUGUCGCCGCCGACGUCGUCGCCACCGUCCCUCAUCGAUCGCGCGCGGCGCGGAUCGCUCGCGAAAUUUCUCUGUAGAGUAGGUAGCCGUGGGUAGCCGCCGCGAUCGUGCGUAUCGGCCGCGCUCUUGCUCGCGAUCGCACGGACCCCCACUGGGCUCGGGCAGCAUCGAGGUAGUCGUGAUAUCCCGGCGAUCGUAGGGCGCCGUGGUGGUAGGCCGCAUCGGUGCCUGGUGGAGCUCGUCGUCGUGAUCCGCCCCGUCGAGGAGCCGCUCCGUCACGGCUGCGAGAGAGCGUUGAGCAUUCGGCCGGGUUUAUUGUGUCGGUCAGGUCGGGCCACUUAACCGCCGCCAUCUUGCGCUGCGAAGGUAGGAAAAGGAGCUUGUGACAGGCCUGUCGCAGUCAGUCGCGCAGAGGAAGCGAGGGACGAGGGACGGGGAGACGAAAAGAACGGUUCCUUCAUGCGGUACGCGCGUCCAUCCUGUCGCCCGUGCGCUUCGGCUUACGAACGGUUGUCGAGCGUAUAUCCGAGGAGCGACAGACCAGAGUAGUAGCGGCCUGACGGGAAGAGAGAGAAAGAGGGUCGAGUGCAUCCGCUGCAUCCGAUACACCUACCUCCAGGAAGGCAACAGCAGCAGGCGCACACACACACACACACAUAUAUAUAUAUAUAUAUAUAUAUAUAUACGUGUACACGUACACGCGCAUUCACCCACGCACGCACGAACGCACGCACCACCGCCGUCGCCGCCUCUUUCUUUCGCGAUGGCCAUGGAGACGCCGAGGGAGCGCGAGAUCGCCGCCGAGGACAGCAUCAAGGUGGUCUGCAGGUUUCGGCCGCUCAACGAUUCCGAGGAGAAGGCCGGCUCCAAGUUCAUCGUCAAAUUCCCGUCCGGUGUCGAGGACAACUGCAUCUCCAUCGGGGGAAAGGUAUAUCUUUUUGAUAAGGUAUUUAAGCCAAAUGCUACACAAGACAAAGUAUACAAUGAGGCAGCUAAGUCUAUCGUCACGGAUGUCCUGGCAGGAUACAAUGGAACCAUCUUUGCGUAUGGUCAAACAUCUUCAGGUAAAACGCACACAAUGGAGGGAGUUAUUGGUGAUCCCAAUAAGCAAGGUAUCAUUCCCAGAAUCGUCAAUGACAUUUUCAACCACAUUUAUGGCAUGGAGGAGAACUUAGAGUUCCAUAUUAAAGUAUCAUAUUUUGAAAUUUAUAUGGAUAAAAUCAGAGAUCUUCUUGAUGUAUCUAAGGUUAACUUAAGCGUGCACGAAGACAAGAAUCGCGUGCCGUUUGUGAAAGGCGCGACCGAACGGUUUGUUUCUAGUCCCGAGGAAGUGUUCGAAGUGAUAGAGGAGGGCAAAUCGAAUCGGCAUAUCGCCGUGACCAAUAUGAACGAGCACAGUUCACGUUCUCAUUCUGUGUUCCUUAUUAACGUCAAACAAGAGAAUCUGGAAAAUCAGAAGAAACUUUCCGGCAAGUUAUAUCUCGUCGAUUUAGCCGGCUCAGAAAAGGUUUCUAAAACCGGUGCUGAAGGAACCGUGCUCGACGAAGCGAAGAACAUUAACAAAUCAUUGUCGGCGCUGGGCAAUGUAAUUUCAGCUCUGGCAGAUGGCAAUAAGACUCACAUUCCUUACCGUGACUCUAAGUUGACGAGAAUACUGCAGGAAUCAUUGGGUGGCAAUGCCAGGACUACAAUUAUCAUCUGUUGCUCUCCCGCUAGCUUCAACGAAUCUGAAACAAAGUCAACUUUAGAUUUCGGUAAACGCGCCAAGACCAUCAAGAACGUCGUAUGCGUGAACGAGGAAUUAACGGCUGAAGAGUGGAAACGGCGCUAUGAGCGCGAGAAAGAGAAGGCGGCGAAAUGGAAAGCCAAGGUGGACAAAUUGGAGGCAGAGUUGUCGCGUUGGCGGCAGGGUGAGACUGUCAACCCUGAAGAGCAAGUUAAUCUGGUCGAAGGACCGGAUGUUACCACACCAAUUAACGUCUCCAUAGAAGGUAAACUGGAUGACAACAGCCCAAUGCCGGCUACACCCGGUGGCGGUCUAAUGGCAGGUUCUCUCUCGAACGAGGAAAGGCAAAAGCUUGAAGAGGAACGCGAAAGACUGUACCAACAAUUGGAUGACAAAGAUGAGGAAAUCAAUCAGCAGUCGCAGUAUGUCGAGAAGCUGAAGGAACAAAUGGAGGAACAAGAAGAGCUUAUUGCCAGUGCAAGGCGGGAUUAUGAGCAGUUGCAGCAAGAGAUGAAUCGAAUACAGCAGGAGAAUGAGAGCGCCAAGGAGGAAGUGAAGGAGGUGCUACAAGCAUUGGAGGAGCUCGCGGUCAAUUACGACCAAAAGUCGCAAGAGGUCGAGUUGAAGAAUAAAGAACAAGAAACCAUGACAGAGGAGCUCCUGGCUAAGCAAGUGGCUCUCAACAAUACUGCGUCGGAAUUGCAACAAUUGCGCGACAUGUCCGCCCACCAGAGGAAACGCAUCGCGGAAAUGCUGGCCAAUUUCCUGAAAGACCUGGGCGAGAUCGGUGUGGCUAUUGGUGGCGACGAGAAUUUGAAGGUUGCGCCAGAGAGCAACGGCAAACUCGAGGAGGAAUUCACAGUGGCGCGGCUAUUCAUCAGCAAAAUGAAGUCCGAAGUAAAGAACUUAGUCCAGCGGUGUCAAGGAUUAGAAAGUUUUCAAGUAGACUGUAACAAGAAAGUUUCCGAAUACGAGAAAGACUUGGCCGAGUGCCGGCUGCUGAUCUCACAGCAUGAGGCUCGUAUGCAAACGCUGACGGAAUCGAUGAAGGAGGCUGAGACGCGCAAGCGAGCCCUGGAAGAGGACGUGGACGCGUUGCGCGAAGAAUGCGCGAAAUUGAAGGCCGCCGAGCAAGUACAAGCGGUCACCAACAAAGAGAAAGCCGAGGAGAAGGAAGCAGCGACGAAAAUGCGAGUGGCACUGGAGGAACAGAUGGAUCAAUUGAGAGAUGCACAUCAGAAACAGGUCGCCGCACUGCGGGACGAGCUAUCCGAGAAGCAGGAACUCAUCAGCGAACUGAAGGACCUGAAUCAGAAAUUCACUCUGGCGCACCAGCAGAUGCAGGCCGACUACGAGCGGCUGAAGCAAGAGGAGGCUAACAAAUCCGUCAAACUGCAGGAGCUCAUGCUGUUGAACGAGCGUCGGGAACAAGCAAGGAAAGAUCUCAAAGGUUUGGAGGACACGGUAGCCAAAGAACUUCAAACCCUACACAAUCUUCGCAAGUUAUUCGUUCAAGAUCUACAAGCUAGAAUAAAGAAAACCAUCAAUGCAGAAGACAACGAAGACGACGGCGGCUCGCUCGCGCAGAAGCAGAAAAUAUCCUUCUUGGAGAACAAUCUGGACCAACUAACGAAGGUGCACAAGCAACUCGUCAGGGAUAACGCCGAUCUUCGCUGCGAGCUGCCCAAGCUGGAGAAGAGACUGCGGGCGACGAUGGAGCGCGUCAAGGCCUUAGAGACAGCAUUGCGCGAUGCCAAAGAAGGAGCAAUGCGAGAUCGUAAACGCUACCAGUACGAAGUAGAUAGAAUCAAGGAGGCUGUUAGGCAAAAGAAUCUGGCGCGUCGUGGACCGAGCGCGCAGAUCGCGAAACCAAUUCGCGCCGGUCAACAUCAUUUGAGCAACGUCAACGCCAUUCGAACCGGCAAUCGUGAUAUGGGUAACAGCGUACAGUGAUCGUGAGCAUAAUGCCAAAACCCUUCACUUUUACAGAAAACGAAUGCAAGAACGCUUUCAUCGACGAAAACAAAAGAAUUCCAGCGGCUCUUAUGUAUAAUGGAUAUGCAUAAAUGUUAUAAUUAUUAAGAUAAGGGCAAUAGUACUACAUCCGCAAGGAGAGCACCGCCAGUUCUUUUAAUUAAUAUUUUUUCCCUCCUCUUUUUCUUCGGAGUAAGCAUGUGCUUAGGUAUACAUUUGUACGAAAUAAGUGUAUUAAGUUGUACACACACGUAUAUAUAUAUAUAUAUAUGUGUGUGUGUGUGUGUAUAUGGUGUGUGUGUAUGUGUUAUGUGUACAUACAUAUGUAUGUAUGUAUAUAUAUACGUAUGUAUACAUAUACACCAGCGCUGCAUGUCCCGUCGAUUUGUAAAUAGUUAAUUUUUAUAAAUUAUUUAAUUUAUACACAAUGUCAUGCAUGAUUCGAUGAUAAAGUGGAUGUCUACUCGAACGACCGACCACUCGAAGAAAGAGCCUCUCGUCACUCGCAAUAUUUAUACAUACUUCGCGCAGUGUCUGUCUCUAUUUAAAUUAUGCUCGUAUCUCAGCUUGGCGUUUUUAAGAGUAAUAGUAAAGAUGAGAGAAAGGAAGAAAAGCUUGCCGCAAUCGUUGGAUCGAGCCUCCUAAGCGAGGAACUUCAAUCUGAGUAAACGAAAACGAAAGAGGCGAGAAAUACUUAAUAAUGGAAAGAAAACGCGUUCAGCGGGUUUAUGCGGCACCAUGCGAUGAUCAAGUGAACACGAUCGGACAUGCGGCUUUGCGCGAGUAUGAUUGUAGCUUACAAGUAUUCGUAACCGUAAGAAGUUCCCUCCUAUCUUCCCUCGCCCGCCUUUCGACCCCGUAGAUGAUAAGAGAAUUUCACGGCACAUGGCGUUUUUUCGGCACCAAUUUCGCUGGAGGGCACGCUUGAUCGCGAUCAAGCGUAGAAUUGCCUCUCUAGAGCGGCCCGCGGAUUCAUGUACUGCCGUGCGUUUAAUUUAGGAAGAGAGAAAUUUUGCGAGAACACGUGUAUCCUCCUCGACGGGAAAAACGCCGAUUUAUGUAACGAAUGGCCCCCAUCCCGCGUCCGCUCCUUUUAAUUUACUCUUUGUAACUUUUAACUUCCGUAAUUGUAAUUUUCACUGUCCCUUAGCGUCUUAAUUUAAUUUAUUUCCGAUUCGCGCGUGUCAGAGGCUUAUUUUCUCUCGCGUUAGACUUGCGAAGCGCACAGAGCGACAUGGAGCUUCGAUCUUUUCAUGCAUUUGUUGUUCUUUUUUCUUCUCGCCUCGAGUGUGAUUGUAACGAGCAGAUGGAAUCAGAGUGACGUGUGAUUGAUUUUACAUGCGUGCGUGUAUCUGUGUGUGCGUGUGUGUAUCGAGCUCCCGCUCAGAAGUUACCUGCAUGUCUGGUUGUGAACAGCCGAUGAUGCACGGGUUCGCUUAUUAUGUUCCUUAGAGAAAAGAAAAGGAUAAGAUAUAAAAGAAAGUCCCCGCUGUCGCGAGCUGUUGAAAUUUCGCUCACACGUCUUUCGCACGUGACGUCGUCGUUAACCCUCUCGUCUUUUAUAGAUCUUCUCCUUCUUUUCUCUCGCGGAAUCUGAUUUGUCUCGGAUUCUUUCGCGUAUUACAUUUAUACAUUGUGUUACUUUUCCCCUUCUAUCUCUUUUUCUUUCGACGCUCUUUUGGGAGUCGUUUACACGUAAAGAUAUAAAAAUGUAACUGUCACUUGUAUAUUUAAUUUAUAAGGCUUUUUCUAGGGUACGAGAGAGCUCGUCGAUAAUAGUCUUAUCGUUUAUUCGAUCGAAAUAAGAUAAAUCGCCCGAUCCGUCGGGCAAGGGUUAAUGAUGGCCUUCACACUCGUGCAUUUUAGUAUAACACGGUUUAGUAUAAUUCUGCGUUUCCGUAAUCUCGUAUCAAUCAUCAUUAUUGCGCGAUCGUUUCCACGAGAAACGAUUCCACGUCUCUUCGCCGAGACGUUCGUUCCCUCGCUCGCGCACGAAUCAUCGCAUAUAUUCGAUGCACUCUCUCUCUAUCGGGAACUGUUUUUGUAUAAACAACACGUUGACUCGACACGUGGCAAUUCUCGCGGCUUAAAUGAAACUACCAGUGUAUCCAAUGACGACGACGACGACGAUAGAUUUAGUUGAACUUAGAGUCUCUCGCGAGUGCACGUCAAGAGCGAGCAGUCGAGAAUGCACACGUCGAGAAGAUCGAUCGUGAGAAAGUAUCCGAAGUACUAUUAACUAUUACUAAUAUUAUUGCUACUACUUUUUUUUUUUUCGUCACCUUCCGUUUCUCCUCUUUUUUGACUCUCUUUUGUGAUAUAUAUAAUGUAAACAUAUAUCGAGGGUGCAGCGCGGAGAAGAGAGAAGUUAUGUUUUUGCUCAUACGUAAGCAGAGACAAGUAAGAGUGUGUUGUGGUGCAUAAGGAGUGCAAUUAUCGUUAAACUAUUUUUGUCUCGGGUGUAUGUAAAUAUAUAUGUAUGCGUAAAUACAUUGUACCGUGCGUAAUGCAGUUGCGUUAGUUUCGUGGUGAACGUUUAAUCCGUCAUAAAGAGAGUGAGUCCCCCCCCCACACCGCCGCCGCCGCCGUUCCUUCGCAAAAAGCUACUUACCGUCGUACGUUCCACCAUAAGGACUCUUAUUCUCAUAUCGCACACAAAUUAACACGCGCAUUUAAACGAUGUUACAAUGUUUCUCUCCCUCUCUCUCUCUUCCUAUUCUUUCGGCGACGCCUUACGACGACGCGCGACGAACGCGCGUCUCUCCCUUAGAAUGUUGAAUGUAUUUUCGAAUCAUGUUGCGCUAAGAAAAAAAAAAAUGCUAACGAUGUACUACUGCAUUAUUAUAAUCCAUCGUUACUACAUUUCUUCUCGUCAUGGCUCUUGAGCGCGUCUUUCGCAUCUCCAGUAAUUAAAAAAAAAAUGAUAAAAUCAAGCCAAAAAAGUGAUUAUCGACUUUCCGUGCGAUGAACCGUUUCCGAAUAAUUAGUCUCGAUACCGGAUCGAUUUCUCUGAUUCUCCUGUGUAUCUUUUUUUUCUCUUGCGAUGUAAUCAUGAAUUUGAGAGACCACGGCCGACUCUUCAUGUUGCAGAUCGCGUGCAAUAAUCAGCGAUUGCAUCCCGCAUGCGAUAUCGGGCUUAUUUGAUAUAAUGCCGUUUUAUUAUAUUGUAUACACGCUGUAUAUGUAUCGAACGAUAGUUGGCCGACGGAUUUGACGAGUAUGGAACGAGGAAAGACAAAGGUGUUAGCAACAUUAUUUUCGUAAUGUCUUCGGCGUGUCUGAAAUCACAUUAUUAUACAGUCAAAGUAGACGAGUUAUAACAAUAUGUGCGCACCAGCCAGUCACUGUUGAAGAGGAGGUUGAUCUACAACUGUAGCCUUUCUUGCUAGCGAAACGAACAAACCGUUUCUUUUGUGAUUCUUCAAAAGGUGAAAACGAAAAUGGAGAUAUGAAGUGAGACAUGCGUCGAAAAAAUUCGGAAAAACUCAGCCAUGACGAUUGUUACUUUUCGUGCAGUACGAACGAAUGAACACAAGGUUUCUUCAAUGAUGUACGGCGAUUUUGCGCGUGGACGAAUAGUUUUGCGCGAAAUCGUCGCACGACUCCCGCUGCACGACGUCGCGUGUAAAAGUGAACAAAAAUAUUCGAUUGCAGGUUUCCUUCUAUGAUCUUAAUCGAGUUCAGAUCUACCUCAUCUGAAACAGCAAGUAGUACGAGAUAAAAGAAAAAAAAAUCGUAUAGCGAUUCUAGACAUUUUUCCUAGAGUUUAGGCGAUAGAUUUGUAUGCAGGGUGUAGAGAGGCUGUAGCUAACAAGGUACUAUAAAUUGUAAUACAAUAUUCUCCCCUCGGAUUAAAAAGCUGUAAUUUUAAGAUAA